AUGGAGAAUAAAGAAGAGCCGAAGAUGAGACGAAGAAGAAGACGCCACCUCGGUGGUCGUACUAAUCGUUACCAUCGUCGUCGUCUCGUCUUUUUCGUCGUUUCCUCUGCCCUCUUAGUCGUCGUCAAAGCGUCGUCGACUUUGGUGGAUUCGUCGAAGAAUCGCCUCGCGAGCGCAGGAAGUGUGCGCGACAGCAACGACGCCAUCAGUCGACUCUCCGACAACAAAAACGAUAUCGACGACGACGAUACGAAUAACAUCGACGAGGCGUGCGAACCACUCUCGGUCGCACGCGACGACCGGUGCGAGUACGUGAAAACGACGCCGUCCUGCCGCCUCGAAAGCGCCAACAACGCGUUCAUAAACUACCGAAAAACGUACUAUUGCGUCUCCAACUGGGCGACGAAAAGAGGAGGAUCGGAGCUUUCGGGAAACGUGUUACUCUUUUCCUUGGCGUUUUUACUGAUUGCGCUGUUCUUUCACGUGUUAGCGACGGUCGCGGAGUGCUUUUUCUGCCCGGCGUUGGCGAAGAUUUCGGUGUAUUUAAAGCUGAGAGACGAGGUGGCGGGCGCGACGCUGCUGGCGUUUGGGAACGGCGCGCCGGAUAUUUUCGCACAGAUUGCCGCGCUGAAUGAUUUGAGCUCGAACGAGGAGACGGACGGGAUACCGUUAGCUUUAGGGGCGGUUUUAGGGGCGGGGAUGUUUAUCGCGUUCGUGGUGUUUCCGUCCGUGGUGCUCGCGGCGCCGGAAUCGAAUUUGAACGCGAGACGGCUGAGGAGCGGGAGGAGAGUCGGAGGGUACGUCGAGGUCGAUAAGACGGCGUUUACGAGAGAUUGCGGGUUUUAUUGCUUAGGUGUGAUGGCGUUGGUGAGGUGCAUAGUCGUCGGCGAGGUGACGUUUAGGAAUUCUUUGCAGCUGUUUGCGUUGUACGCGUUGUACGUGGCGAACGUGUUGCUGCCGGAAGGAUGGAACGCGAGAGAGAUUGGCGGCGGGUUAGCCGAGAGAUUAGCCGCGUUAAGACGAGAGCCGAGCGCUGCAUUGGCUGCUACUGCUCGUAAUCGUGUUAGAAGUUCAAGAGACAACGUUUUAGACGACAUAGCUGAAGAAGAUGAAGACGCCGAUGAACGCGGCGUUGACGACGCCGAAGUAGGUUUGCUCGUCGACGAAGAGGAAAACAACGAAGAAGACCAAGACGAAGAGGAAAACGACGACAUCAACGAUUCUUCCUCUGCUUCCGAAAUUUCAUCAGAAACACCUUUCGACGACGAACUUAGCGAUGCUGAUGACGAUGACGACGACGACGACGACGACGGGUCCAUCUUACAUCACCCUUGGGAGCGCGGAUGGCGUCAAAGUCGGCUCUACGACGCGCAAAACGGCGAGUCUCUUUGGAAGCAGUGUUGGCUCGCGUUUACGUCCGUAGCAUCGCUUCCACUCUUCAUCGUUCGCGAGAUAUUAAAGUUCUCUAUGCCUGAACUCGGAUUUAACGGGCGUCGCGUGAGACGAUGGCAAACGAGCGCGUUGCCGAUAUGCGCGCCGCUCUUUUUCGUCUGGGCGGAGAAGAUGUAUCCCGGUACUAUUCACAACGGCGGCAUCGUAUACGGCGGUAUAGUUGCGACUGCUUUUUCCGCCAUCAUUUUCACCGCUUGGCCGCAUUUGAUGCCAGACAACUACGCCGUCACGCGAAGAAGCAGAAGCGCACGAAGGAGAGCUCCAACGACCAACUACCCGACCACGACGAGUAACCCAGCCUCCCGCCUUUUCUCCGGCAUGCUCACCAUCGUCGCCUUUCUCGUCUCCAUGGUAUGGAUGGACGUCGUCGCCGGUGAAGUCGUUUCCUUACUCACCGCCGCAGGUAAAAUCUGCGGCAUCUCCGAAGCCUUGCUCGGCGCCACCGUCCUCGCGUGGGGCAACUCCGUCGGCGACUUCAUCGCCAACCGAACGGUCGCCCGAGACGGCCGCCCGAAAAUGGCCGUCGCCGCCUGCUUCGCCGGACCAACCAUGAACGUCCUAUUAGGCACCGCCGCUGGUUUAGCCUUCCGAACCUUCUCAUCGGGCGACAUGAAAAACAUCCAAGCCGCGAACGAGCUCUUCGUCCUCUUCGCGUUUCUCAUCUGCGGCUUGCUCUUCCUGCUCUUCGCCGCGCCGUUCUUGUGGCGAUGGCGAGUCGGAAAGAAGCAAAGUUACGGGAUGAUGGGGUAUUACGCGCUCUUCGCGGUCACGUACGCGCUGACGUCGACGAAAUACAUAUUCAAAACGCCGUGGGUUCGUCUGGAAUAA